ACGAUACGAUAGUGUGAGUGCGAGUGCGAUUCGUCUUCUUCCCCCCUCCUCUCGGUCUCUCACUGCUCGGCGCUCGCUUGCUCGGUCAUUGCCCCCCUCCAGAUGGCCAGUACCUAUGUGGUGGCCUGCUGCUGCCUCCCCGGAGCCUCCUCCUCUCGCGCCAAGGCCGCCGCCACCUCCUCUUCCUCGCCGCCCAACUUGGCCACUGCCACGAACAAGGGCCACCCAAGAAUCGGCCGAAGAGACUUUGUGCUCAGAAGCAGUGAGUUCGCCACGCUCGCGGCUAUCUUCCACUUCAGUGGAACCAAACCAAGCUAUCUCGGUGUGCAGAAUAAUCCUCCAUCCCUUGCGUUGUGCCCAGCAACCAACAAUUGUGUGUCGACAUCGGAGGAGAUAAGCGAUUCAAACCACUAUGCUCCCCCGUGGAACUACAAUCCCAAAGACGGCGGCAGGGGAAAACCCAUAAGCAAAGAUGAGGCGAUGAAAGAGCUCAUUGAAGUGGUCACGAAAACAAAGCCAGACAACUUCACUCCUCGCAUAGUAGAGAAAACAGACGAUUAUAUUCAAGUUGAAUAUGAGAGUCCUGUAUUCGGGUUUGUUGAUGAUGUUGAGUUCUGGUUCCCUCCUGGCAACAAACCGAUCGUUCAGUAUCGAUCGGCAUCUCGAUCAGGAUUCAUUGAUUUUAAUGCCAAUAAGAAGAGAGUAAAGGAGCUGAGAUUAGCAUUGGAGAAGAAGGGUUGGGCUUCCGAAAGCAACUUCUGAAGGACGGAAGUAGCGUCGCUACAAAUUAACUGGAUGAUAUUGCUUGGCAAAAAGGAGGAUCAUGAGAGGAAGCAACUAGCACAUUGAGAAUGAGAUAGAUUGGAAUAGCAGUGUGUGGCCUAAUCUAAUGAUCUCCCAAGCCUUGACUUGUCUUGUUUUGAACGUGCGACGUGAGAUGAGAUGAAACAACAUGCAGGGUGCGAUGCUAUUAUGUGUUACUGCAAGCAUGUCCUCAAUAAAAAAUGUUGGCAUGGCACAAGGACACAAUCACACAACAUAUAUAGCCGAGUUGGGUUUGCAUGAAAAGAUCAA